AUGAAGAAGAAGUCAGAAUCGAAAAGGGAAACCGAUUACAUGCAGAAUCAGCAGAGUGAAACAAAUCUGGAGGGGAUUAACUUACCAACAAGGAAAUCGGUAGAGGCUAGAAGGAACAGAAGAGAAACGGGGAAGCAGAUGGGAGGGUAUAACAGGGAUGGUUCAUCUGCUGCCGAAUGGACACAUGAGGAGGAAUUUCCUCACUGGCUUGAUCAGCAGCCAAUUGAAACUGAAAGUAUUCCUGAUGGCAAACGCUGGUCAUCACAACCAUUGGCCAAUUUGGAUGCAAAGCAUCUCUACAGGACAUCCUCGUACCCUGAGCAGCAGCAGCAACUGCAACAACAACAACAACAGUACCACCAACAUUUCUCUAGUGAACCAAUUUUAGUUCCAAAAUCUUCUUAUAUUUCUUACCCUCCCCCCGAUGGCAGAUCUCCUCAGGCGUCACCAAACCAACAUUCUGGACACCUAAAUAUUCCUUAUAUGGCUGGUGGACCACAGAUGGCAUCUUCACCCAACCUCUCUGGCUUCCCAAAUUCUCAGCUUCAACUGCCAGGCUUACACCAUGGGCCAAAUUAUCGUGGGAAUAUGCCUCAAUUUGCUCCUGGUCCGUCUGUCAGUAGUCAGCCGUCAAAUCAAUGGGGGAGCCGGCCAAAAGUGUAUGGAGAUAAUUCCAGUGUUUUGAACAAUAUGUUGCAGCAACAGUUAACUCAUCAAAAUGGUUUGAUUCCACCGCAGUUAAUGCCACAGCUGCAGUCGCACCAGCAGAGACUGCAGCAUCCUGUUCAGCCUUCAUUUAGCCACUUUUCUGGGAUUCAGUCACAACAAUUUAAUCCUCAUCUUUCUCCGUCCCCACCUGUAAUGAACAAGGUUGAAGCUAUACUUGGUAUUGGUGAUCUGAGAGAUCAAAGAGCCAAAUCAGCUCAGAAAGGUAGGCAGAGUCUACGAGGCUUUGACAGUGGGGCGCUGAAGAGUGAUUUUGGAUGGCCUCAGUUUACAUCCAAAUACAUGGAUCUUCCUCCCGGAGCACGUGCGAAUACUGAGCCUCAUGCUUUUCUCCAGGUUGAUGCUCUUGGGAGGCUUCCUUUCUCUUCAAUUCGCAGGCCUCGCCCUGUUCUCCAAGUUGACCCUCCAAAUGGGUUAGUAUGUGGGUUAUUUCGAGUUUGA